AUGUUGGGGUUAUCUUCUUUAAAGCUCACUGUUGAACAAGAACUCAUCCAUGGAGUUUCUGCCACCAAUGAUCACAACAACACAAUAAGAACAGGAACACUAUGGAGUACAGUUGCUUACAUCAUCACUGCAGCGUUGCUAUGUGGUUGGCUUCAGUUUCUUAACUUCUUUGGGACUGGUGUUGCUUAUGUGGUUACAACCUCAACUUGUAUGAUAGCAAUUCAGAAAUCAAAUUGUUACCAUAAAGAAGGGCAGGAGGCUACAUAUCAGGUCGUCUUUGAUAAGGUUGCUGAAAUCAACGCAUCUAAAGAGUCUUGGAACAUACGUGUUAAAGUCGUCAUGCUUUGGAAGCCGACCUAUAUAAACAAUCCUAAUAUGGUCGCAAGCCUGGACAUGAUUUUAAUUGACCAGGAGGGAAGUAGAAUUCAAGCAACAAUAAAAAAAAAUCUUAUUCCUGUAUUUGAAUCCCUAUUCGAUGAAGGAGCUGUCCGGGAGAUCAGUAACUUCGCUAUGGCUAGCAAUGAAAGCGAAUACAUGCUUGUCCCUCAUAAACAUAAAAUCAAUUUCUACAAAACCACAAAAGUUCGUGUAUCCAAUGAUUUUGUUGAUACAGUAGAUCCUUAUCAUUUUAUCUCUUUCCCAGAUUUGCUAGCCAGGAACUUUGACACUCGUGUUGCAUUUGAUUUUCUAGGUGAAGUUGUGUCAACUGAUCCCAUGCGAGUCAUUGUUGAGUAUGGAAGAGAGAAAAGGUUAAUGAAUCUGGUUGCUCAGGAUUUAAGUGGUACGAGAAUUGCAGUCGCUUUGUGGGGCAGUUUUGCAAUGAAGCUGAAUACUUACAUUUCACAACAUAAUAAUGACACUGCUCCUGUUAUUAUCCUGCUACGUUUGGCCAAACUCAAAAUUUGGGGUGGUCAGCCUCAAGUUGGUAAUUGUUUGUUUGGGUCUAGAUUGCAUAUAAAUGAUGACAUGCCUCAGAUUUUGGAGUUCAAAUCAAAUCUUAAUGCUUUGGAUACGAAUGUUGAGUCUUCUAGCCGUACAUCCCAGCUCAACUCAGAUACCGUUGUGGCUAAUCCAGAGGAUUACUACCUCCGUUUUCAGAUAAAAAACAUUGAUGAAAUUCCUGAUUUUAAUGAGGAAGUUGGUUUAACCAUUAUCGCUACUAUCAUUGGUUUUGAUAUGGAUGAUGGUUGGUAUUCAUUUUAUUGCCGUGAUUGUUCUAAAAAGGUUACUAAAAAUGAUGAUGAUGUUGAUGCUGGCCCUUUUCACUGUGAUGGUUGUGGAUUUGUCUCGGAUGUAUUUGGAAAGAUUAGGAUAGUAGUUCGUGUGCAAGAUGAAAGUGGCUCUUCUUCGUUUGUAUUGUUUGAGCGUCAUGUAAAAGAUCUUAUUCAUCGUGGAAACCAAUGGUUGAUGGACAAAAUAGCUAAGGAUCAAGGGCGACAACAGAUACCUGAUGAGUUCAAAAUUCUUCUAAAUAAGAAGUUUGUCUUCAAAGUUCAGAUUUCCAUGUUCAAUCUGCAGAACAACUAUCGUGCUUACACUGUGCAUAAGUUAACCGAUGAUGAAAGGGUUCUUGCUGAGGUGACAAAACGGUCACCAAAUCAUCAACAUGAUAAUAUAAAUGAUAAUGGUACUCCUAUUAACAAGUCAAAUAAGGAAAAUACUAAUUCUGUGCAUGAUGACAAUCUUGAUGUUGUUGACCUUGAAGCUGUAACACCAUCAUCGAGUACGGGGAAGCGCCCUAUUGAGAUUGAUGCCAACACUGACUCUUUGGAGUGGUCUUCUUCAAAAACUUGUGCUGUACGGGAUACCUUGAAGAUCCCAAAGUUGGAAAAGUUGGACUAAUAUCAAGCCGCCCAUCAAAAUUUUACAUAUCAUCUUCGAUAUGUUUAUAGACAUUUUCUUUUUAAUCUUUUGUGUGUCGCAUAUUUAAUUCUCUGUUUAUUGAUCUUUUGGUUGUUUUUAAAAUUUUAUUGAGUUUUUAUUUGGUGUGUACACAAUGAUACAAUUGGAGGUUAUGACAAUUUCAAGUUAUUGAACUCUUUUGAUUUAAUGC